AUGGCAUCCUCGUCCUCCUCGCCCAUCAUCCAGGGGCAUAGCAUAGACAGCAGUCUUCGCGGCGCAUAUUCGGCCUCCCCAAUUAAGUAUAUGCUCUAUGGCCGAGGAUGCAUCACCUCCCUCCCUGACGUCGUCGCGAAACUGGGCGCUUCAAAAGCGUAUAUUAUCACGGGCAGGUCUCUGCGGGAAAAGACGCCGGUGAUCAAGCAGAUAGAGGAGAUUUUAGGCGUUGAACAUCACGUAGGCACUUAUAGCGGAGUGCGGCAGCAUGCCCCACUAGCUGACAUCGAAUCCGCCAUAAGCGCAGUCCGGGAAUCCGGUGCGGACGUUCUGGUUUCUGUCGGAGGCGGAUCGCCCAUCGACGCCGCAAAAGCCAUCGCGUAUCAUUUGCAUGUUAACAAUGACGAUGCGAAUGGUGGGCGGAAAUGGAUUCCCAGCAUUGCGGUGCCGACGACAUUGAGUGUGGCGGAGACGACGAAGAAUGCCGGGUUUACCAAUGCGGAGGGGGCGAAGGUUAGCGUUUCGGAUGCAGAGUUGGUGCCUAAGGGUUCGUUUUUACCGACCUCUAUAGGUUGUAUUUCUCUUUGCGGAAGGAUGGGGUUUGUGAAGCUCGCUUUUGAAGAAACAAUAUAUCUAACCCCUAUGCGAUGUAUAGCUGUGCUGUACGACGGCGAUCUGGCCCUGCACACACCCCUACGCCUAUGGCUGAGUUCCGCCGCAUGUUUCCCCCCCCCCCCCCCCCCCUCUACUAGAGAGGGGGAGGAGGCGAAGCAGAUUGCGAGGGCUGUGGCGUUUAUCCCUGGGUUGAAGGGGACGGGGAGGGUGGGUGGGGAUGCGCUAUUGGUGGCCGAGGCGGUUGAGGGGUUGGUUGGGAGACUGGGUUUGGCGAGUGGAUUGGCAGAUUACAACGUCAAGUCCGGUGAGGAAGAGGAUAUUGCGAUUCGCGCGCUGCGAGAUCCCACACAUCCUGAUUUGAAGGCUGUUACGGAGCUGGUGCGCACUAUGUACACCUCCUCGACCUCGUCUGAGGUGACGAUGCGCCUGUAA